AUGAGUCUCCUCCUCCUGCAGGAUGAUACCAUUAUGAUGUCAUUACAGGUCAGUAAACAGAUCGCGGUGUCGUAUCGGGAGGAGUUUAUGGUACGAGAAGAUCUGAUUGGUCUGGCUAUCGGCGCACACGGGGUGAACAUCCAGCAGGCUCGGAAGGUUCCCGGAGUCGCAGCCGUGGAGCUGGACGAGGAGACGUUCACAUUCAGGAUAUACGGAGAGUCGGAGGAAGCUGUACAGAAGGCUCGGGGGUAUCUGGAGUUCUCGGAGGCCUCCAUGGACGUCCCGAAGGCCCUCGUGGGAAAGGUGAUCGGGAAGAACGGCAGCGUCAUCCAGGAGAUCGUCGAUAAGUCCGGUGUGGUCCGGGUCAGGGUGGAGGCUGAGGCAGACAAGACGGAGCACACCAAAGAG